ACUGAACGAAUUUAUGAGUGAGAAUAUUUGAUAUUAACAUUUUAAUUCUCAUGUAUUGACAAAUGCCUAAAUGCCAAAACCAACUUUAGUAUGGGAAGUCAUUAAAACAAGUUUUGAAAUAUAUUUCUUCUAUGAUUGGUUUUAUUCAGUCAACUAAUCCAAAAUAUUGCGAUAUCAGUUGGUGAAAUUAGUUUUCACACAUGGUGGGAUUGAGAAUUGAAGACAGAAUCUUCCCAAUACGAUGAAUAUUGAAAUAAUUAUCGGAGGCAUAUCCUUGCCUAGCCCUGACAUGAAUAUAGAAAGUCUCAGAAGAUGGUAUACUGAUACCUGUUUCAAUUUGAAAGGCCGACUCGAAUUCAACAAUAUGAAUACAGUCAUGGCCAGAAGCUCUCAAGAAAUGUCCUCCAAGAGGCACUUUCACUGGACAAACAAGGUUGGGACCGAAGAUGGUGAAGCUCCCACUUCAGAAUCAUUCUCAACCCUCAUCCAGGAGGAGAAAAAACAGGAUGACAAGGUUUUUGUUGCUCCUGAGACUCAACCACCUACAGCAGCCACAGCACAUGUAACAAGGAAGAAGCUGCAGGCAGUUGCAGUCUCCAGGAUUCGCUCUGUUCUCACUGUUUUCAACAAGAACCGUUUGAACUCAUCUUUUGGCCUUGGUUCUCGCGUUGUAGGCACACUCUUUGGCUAUAGACGUGGCCAUGUACAUUUUGCAUUUCAGAAGGACCCCACUUCCCAGCCAGCCUUCCUGAUCGAGCUCGCAACACCAAUCAGUGGUUUAGUUCGUGAAAUGGCAUCUGGGUUGGUCAGAAUUGCCCUGGAAUGUGAUAAGGAGAAAAGAGCCGAGAAGAAGUCUGUAAGGUUGCUGGAAGAGCCUGUAUGGAGGACUUACUGCAACGGCAAGAAGUGUGGUUUUGCAACCAGAAGAGAGUGUGGGCCGAAGGACUGGGAUAUCCUCAAAGCAGUGGAACCAAUUUCAAUGGGUGCAGGUGUUCUGCCAGGAAAUAAUAACAAUGGAGCUGAACCAGGGCCAGAGAAUGAAAUCAUGUACAUGAGGGCCAAGUUUGAGAGAAUUGUUGGGUCCAGAGACUCUGAAGCCUUCUACAUGAUGAAUCCAGAUAGCAAUGGAGCUCCUGAGCUCAGUGUCUACUUGCUUAGAGUCUAGUAACCUUCCUAGAUCUGUUUAUUAUACUUAGUUUUCCUCUUUGUUUUGGGUUAUUGGUAUACUACUUGCUUAGCUCUUCAAUCAUGAAAAUGGUGGUCUAAUUCUCUUCUGUUUUUUUUUUUUUUCAUUUUGUUUCCUGUGGUAUAAGAAGUGGGUUUACCUUUUUUUUAUCUCCCUUUUUUUAGAAUAGGCGAGUAGGCUAAGUAAGUCAGGAAGGUGGGGAAUAUGGGUAACCAAUACUUUACAGCAAAUUGGUGUGGGUUGGUCAUGAAAGGUGUAUAUGUGUAAUUUUUCUUUUCCAAUCCUUUAAUUAAUGACGAGAGACGGAGGUUAA